AAACGGGGUUAUACAAGUUACAAGAAUCAAAACACUUUAUCGGAGGUGGCGUUGAAACAAAUCAGCGCACAUGCAAAAACAAACGCUAUCACUAUACACGAAACAAGAAAUAAACAAAAAACGACGUGCAGAAACAGCCCAUCUAGCAACCCGGUCCGAAUGGUUGUCCUCCCUUGUAGCAUUCUACACUUCUACACUUCAAGCCACAACUAAAUUACUUCACGAAGUGUACCACGCGGCUCAUCUUCAACAGUUUUUUUUAACCUUUUCACAGCAACAAUUUUAACAUGGCCCCCAAGAAAAAGGCACCCACCAACGGGUACUUCUAUUUACUUAUGGAACUGCGUAAUAAAAUGGACAUGAAGAGCGCAAAUGAAGAAGCAGCGCGUUUGUGGCCGCAAAUGACCGCUGCUGAAAAAGAACCGUACAACCUGCGUGCGAAGAAGGGCCGCAACGGUGCCAUCAAGAUGACUGCUGCCAAUGAGAAUCUUGCUUUGGUUCUUAAACAAGAACAAGAUGCCAAAGAGCAGUUACUUUUUAUGCAAGAUGACAUCAAGAGACAGAUAAGAUUUCUUUCUGAAAGCAAUACCAUUACUGAAGAGUACUUCCACAUCAUGCAUGUGAACAACUUCUUUGUCACAACUGACAUGGUCUAUUAUCCAGCUGAAAUCGCCAUUGUUAGGUUCAAUUUCAAAGAUGGCGUCCUCGAUGAAAACGUCUACAAUUCCAUCAUCAAGCCUGGAAAGUUUCCGAUUGGUUACAUGGGCUCAGCAAAAAUCGCCUCAGAUGACACGCAUAAAAUAAAUUAUAUGAAUACAGAAAAUUGCAACAUGGGAGAAGUUACCAGGGACAUUUUUGAAUUCUUACGUGUAUCAGCUAAUCUCAGCUGUAAUCCAGCUAAAUUGCCACCAAUUUACGUCAAGGACGAUUUCAAGAGAUUGGUUAAAGAUGUCUUGUUCCAAAUGGCUGAUACUUAUGGGUAUGAUCCAGAAGAGUUGCAAAUUUACAGCUUGUCGUUUCUUUUGUACACUUUACGCAACGACAUUCGCAACACUGUUGUUUGGCCAUCAAUUAGUCAAAGUAUUAACGAACUUGAUCGAGACAUCUUCGAUUAUACUCCUGAAAUUCCUUGUGAGUAUCACAAGUAUGAAGCUGAGUGCCCUGUGCACUGCAGUCGUUCGCACGUGGUGCGCAUGGCGUACAUUUUGUGUGACAAUUGCUGCGAAGACAUGGGAAUCCCGCUGGUCCCCGGCCGUCAUGUGCCCAAAGACGCCAUCACUGAAAAACUUAUCUCGAGCGCAUCUAGUGUCUCAUCUAUGCGCACUGCAAGUGAAUCGCAUGUGAGCAGCGAUAAUCAGUCAUACAGAUCCAACAUAAGUACAGUUGAUUUCGAUGACCGUUCCACAAUGUCUAAUGAUCCAGAUUUAGGGUGGAUUGACGUGCAAUCUGUAAGCUCCUCGUUGCAGUCGAGCGAAGCUGAUUCCUGGUCGACAGUUACCAACAAGCGCGUGCACAAAGGGGGGCCACCAAGAUCCGAUUGGCGAAAUACAGAAACCAAUUUUUGCGGAGGUCGCGGCCGUCGUAUUGCCAACAGGAAGUAAUCAGUUUGGCUUUUGGCACACUCACUCGACGAGAUCCGAGUUUCAACCGGGUGAGAAUUCAAAUCUUAAAUUUUUUGUAUUAAAUUACAGUUCAUUUCUCAUGUAAAUCUUUAAAAAAUGCAAAUUCUACAUUAUCUUA